AUGAGUACCUCUAGCAUCGCAAACAAUAAUGGAGCUGUGAGCCCAACCCUUCCAGCUGCUGUGGCACGACUAGAUUGGGAAGCUGCUAAACAAACAUGGGCAUAUGCUUGGGAGAUCCACAUCUAUGUCUUCGGUGGAUUAUUUGGUUUGAUUGGCUUGUACACUCUCUUAAGUCUGGCGAGAUGCUGGUGGAUUCGUUGCUUACUGCCCAGUGGGUAUUUGAUAUGGCUGCACAUUCUGUUGAUGGUUGUAUGCUUCACCAGAUCAUUCUACCUGCUGUACGAUGGCUACGGUUCUAGGGGUAGCUUCCAUGAAAGCCUCAACCAUUUCCUCUAUAGCGUGACCUUUCCAUGUUUGACCGCGGCAUUUAGUAGCCUGUUCUAUUGGUUUCUGCAGACGACACAAGUGCGCCUGAUGCCGCCUUUCGUGCAAAAAUUGCAGGUGCUGGUUGUGGUCAUCGCUGUCCACUUCAUGAUCUCGCUGACCACAGACGUCCUGGUGGGUAUUUACCCCGGCAUGCACAUCAUGCAGUUUGUGUGCCACGCCUACUAUAUCACCUGGAGUCUCUUCCUUUUCCUGUGUUACGCGUGCAUCUUCCGAAAACUCCACCUACACGCCGUCAAAUACCAGAAGGAUGAAUCCUACAAUCCUGCAAUUGCGCCCCCCUACUCCGCUGAGAAAUCCAGUAGUUUGACCGUAAACACGGCGGUCAAGGUCAUGUUAUGUGUUGCUGUUUGUGGACUGGUGGUGACAGGGCUAGAAAUCUACGCCAUUCUUGAAGUCUACAAACUCUUCACACCGGGACUCCCUGGGAUCUGGACAUGGUGGUCGUGUCACACAGCUUUGAGAAUCUUCGAGCUUUGUAUGUGUUUCCUGCUGAUCUACGUCAUCUCACUCCCCCGUAGAUACCGGAGGUCCGGGGCAAGCUGCUCCUGUGGGAUUCUGUGUGCCCCAUGUUCGGAGAUUUGUUGUUGUCGCCCCAGUAUAAACAAGCCAAAACGUGGGUCGUUUUUCAAACACUUCCACAAAACACCAGUGAUGAACUCCUUUCACAAAAUAUAUAAGGAGAGUUUUACAGAGAACAGUUCCAAGGAACUACUGGAAAAUCAACUCACGGAUGAUCAUCCUGUUCAACCAAUUUUCGGCUCAAGGCCCAAUUCGUUACUGAUAAUUGAAGAUGGAUACGUAAGAUUUCAAACCGAAUAUGACAUUAACAAAAUCGUCGAUUCUUGCAACGAUCUGUCCCAGAGACCCGUAGAAACCCAUAGCAUGGGGACGUUUCUGGGUACAGACGGAGUUUUAAAUACAGGAUACACAUUAAACCCUGGGGAAGACUCACAAACAAGAAACAACAGCGACACUCAAGCUUUUAUCACGAACAAAUCUCGCAACAGCAGUGCGGCCAACAGCGAUUACUUUCGAGUGCCUAGUUCCGUCAGUCUGGCCGACAGUAUCGAGAAUGAACUCGAAAAAGCGUUUAGAAGUUUCAAAAUGGAUACAAGUGUUGACGACGAGGAAACUAACCAACCGACACAAAUAAAUGUCGUGUCUGAAGUAGAAAAUGUAGAAAUUGCUGACCAAGUGUCAGUUGUUUCUUUACCCAACUCUAGUAUCACGGCGAACAGUUCCCUACAAAAAGCUUUUCAACGAGAUCUGGACAACGAACAGGUUUUACAGACUAAAAGUCAGUAUCAAAUUAUGACUGGUCAACAUCAACUUUUGACUUUACCCAGUUCUAACGAGUUCACAGAAUCAAAAAGAACUGCUAACACUGAUGGUUCUUUAUCUGACCCAAAGAUUUCAACCCAGGGAAGAAAAUUCAUGCUCGGGCCUCACCCACUCAUCAGACACCGGCAACUUGCAUCAUCUGUUGGAUGGCAUUCAGAAACACCACCAGGCAGACAGUUCCGAUGA